GCGAGUCGCCGACCUAUGUCUCUCGCCCGCACGGCCCGUUUGUGCUCUCACACAGAAGCAAAACGUCAUUGCUGCCCUCUCGGCUCUCCCAGUUCCCCACCCUGGUUUCCUUUCCUGGUGAAGCUUCCAGAGGGUAGGGAGGCAAACCAAAUUCGAUUCUCCUUCUUCUCAUCUCAGGUUGCCAGGUUGGACUCCAUGGCGGCGGCGCUCGCGGUGACGGACGAGGUGGCGCUGCCGAUCCGGGCGGUGGGGGAUCUGGCGGCUGCCGCCGAGGUCUCGCGGGAGGAGGUCGCCGUCAUCACCCAGUGCGCGGCGCUCGGUGGAAAGUUGCCUUUUGAGGAUGCAUCAGUUGGUGCGGUUCUUGCAGUCAUUAAAAACGUGGAAAGCUUGAGGGAGCAAUUGGUUGCUGAAAUCAGUCGGGUGCUGAAAGCUGGUGGAAGAGUAUUGGUGCAGAGCCCUGCACUCUCAUCCAGUCAGAAGCCAAACACUGAUAUUGAGCGCAAGUUACUGAUGGGAGGAUUUGCUGAAGUGCAAUCUUCUGCUGCAAACUCGCAGGAUAGCGUGCAAUCUGUUACAGUUAAGGCAAAGAAGGCUAGCUGGAGCAUGGGCUCUUCUUUUCCCCUCAAGAAAGCAACGAGGGCCCUUCCCAAGAUUCAAAUUGAUGAUGACUCUGAUCUGAUUGAUGAAGACAGCCUUUUGACUGAAGAGGACCUGAAGAAACCACAACUUCCAGUUGUCGGGGAUUGUGAAGUGGGGGCAGCAAAGAAAGCAUGCAAGAACUGUACUUGUGGCAGGGCUGAGGCUGAGGAGAAGGUUGGGAAGCUAGAGCUCACUGCAGAACAGAUCAAUAACCCUCAGUCAGCUUGUGGCAGUUGUGGGUUGGGCGAUGCCUUUAGAUGUGGAACCUGUCCUUACAGAGGUCUUCCACCAUUCAAGCCUGGCGAGAAGGUUUCCUUGUCUGGCAACUUCCUUGCUGCUGACAUAUGAUGGCAUCAUCAGAUACAUGCAAGUGAACAUCGGCAAAACGAGGAGAUAGGAAUACUUCUGUCAAUUUGUUCGUUCGUUUGGAUGCUACGUUGUUAGUUGAGGUCGAUGCUCACCGGUUUACGUUCAAAAAAAAUUGAUGCUCACCGGAAGAACUGCAUUUUAAAUAGCUUCUGUUAGCCAAUGCGAGCGUGCGUGUGACUUGUCUUUCGGAUAAUGUACUCGUGCCGAUUGUUUGAUACUACAAGACGGUGAUAUCCUACAUAUUUUCUCUCAAGUUGGCCAAGCGCGCCUCGACACAAACAAGUGUGCAUGUGUUGUCA